AGGAAGCAUUUUUGGCGAAGGAAGGUCAAGUUAUCGUUGUCUGGUGCUGUGUGGCUGGUGGCUGGGUGAAAAAAAUCAAUGAGCUGGAGCAACUGUCCUUAGAAACAAAACGGACAUCGUUGACAUUUUUAAUCAGUAUUCGUUGGGGGGCUGAUAAAAUCAAUACACAUGCCGCAGGACUUCGAGCGAAGCGUAUCCUGGCAGUAGGCUUUGCGUAACCAAGCAAAAAAGCUCUCAAAACCCAACAAAUCACAAUUGUGUUUUUAUUAUAUAAGAAAUUCAAGUGAGUGGAGAUUACAGAUUUAGAUGACAAGAUGUCGUCUCCAUCAACACAUCCGUAUGGCCUCUCAGCGGAUGAUAUGGCCACUCAGUACGGAGCAACGGCGACUAGAAGAGUCGGAGGUCUAGAGCGAGAAGAUGCCUUGGAAUAUUUCAUCAAGUUUCCCAAGCCCUCUGCAGAGAACGAUUUUGUUUUGGCCAAUGACAAUGACAACGAGGAUAACAAUGUUCCCAUUGUAAUGCUGCUGGGCUGGGCGGGAUGCCAGGACCGCUAUUUGAUGAAGUAUUCCAAGAUAUACGAGGACAGAGGCCUUAUUACUGUUCGAUAUACGGCACCGGUGGACACAUUAUUCUGGAAGCGUUCCGAGAUGAUUCCUAUUGGCGAAAAGAUCCUCAAGCUAAUUCAAGACAUGAACUUUGAUGCUCACCCUCUGAUUUUUCACAUCUUCUCCAAUGGCGGUGCCUAUUUGUAUCAGCACAUUAAUUUGGCUGUCAUCAAGCACAAGUCUCCGCUGCAGGUGCGCGGCGUCAUCUUCGACUCUGCACCUGGCGAGCGCCGUAUGUUGGGGUUGUAUCGCGCUAUUACGGCCAUUUACGGAAAGGAAAAGCGCUGCAAUUGCAUUUCAGCGCUGGUAAUAACAAUCGGCCUGAGUUUCCUGUGGUUUCUGGAGGAAACGUUUGCGGCCUUUAAAAGCUUAUUUGUGAAAUCGUCACCGGUCCACGCCAGUCCAUUUUGUGAUCUAAAAAAUGAAGCAAACAAAUAUCCCCAGCUUUUUUUGUAUUCCAAGGGCGAUGUGGUUAUCCCUUAUAAAGAUGUAGAGAAGUUCAUUCGGCUGCGUCGCGAUCAAGGAAUUGAUGUUACGUCGGCUUGCUUCGAGGAUGCUGAGCACGUUAAGAUCUAUACCAAAUAUCCCGAUCAGUAUGUCCAAUGCGUCUGCAAUUUUGUUAGGAAAUGCAUGGCACUACCUGCUUUUAAUGUUACCGUUGCUCACCCGGGAUGUGGGUCCAACGAGCUUCAAGAGAGGCAACAGCAGACAAAUCUGAAGUACGAUUAGAUGGAUGGAAACCGACGCAGGCACAAAAUAAUUGUAAAACCAUUCGAGCAGUGUAACAAUUAAUUCUUAAAGAAAAAUGUAAUUACUAAACACAACUUUAAGCGCUUUAUAGUAGAAACGAAUUUAAGAGUUAUUUAACUAAAUCUUUGCAAACAUUUUGCAAAAUCCGCAGCAAAAAGCGCAGUUAAUAAACC